AUGACUCUGAAAAUCAGCCGGGUCAUGCGCUUCCGUCGUCUUUGUUUGUUGAAGAAGGGCGUAAUUUCUUCUCCCGAGAUAUCAAAGUACGACAAACAGCUCAGGUUUGCACCUCCAGAAACCCCCGGGGCACCUCCGUCCGCACAAAUGCUCCCCGGAAAACCCAUCUGGCUCCGACGUCAGACACGAAUCCUCGACCCUACAACAGCUACUAGGCAGCGGAACUUCAUGUCCCGCAUGAAGAACUAUUUUGAUCAAGAAAGACCUUCCGACCCCUUCGCAAUUUUCAGUAUCACUGUCAAUGCCCCGUCUUCAGCCCAUGUUGGCGACAAGCUCCCCAUUACACUAUCUAAUAUUCAUCUCGGCCGUAGCGACUCUGUCCUUGAUCCACCUCCCGUCACUCUUCGCGGCGUCCGUGUCAAAAUGUUUGCGCAGUUACCCUCCGCGUACCCGUGCUUUCCAGCAAAGUGCACGAGAUAA